UGCGCCGUGAUAUUGCUUUGCUUAAUUUUCCCUUCAGCUGCGCAAAGUUUUGGGGCUUGAGCGGCUGGGUAAAAGAAGUUACAGAGAGAACGUGUUUUGUUACUGGCAAAGGGGUGGUGGUGGGAGAAAUCGGUGAGAAAAAUCACCCCGGGGUGUGAUUUCCAGGUCCAGAGAGAACGGCCUCAAGUUACACUGUAGAAAGUUCAGAGUGGGUGUUUGGAAAAGCUUCUUUCCCGGAAGGGGAAGGCAUUGGAACAGGCUGCCCAGGGCAGCGUGCUGGAGCCACCGUCCCGGCAGGGAUUUAAAAGAUGUGUGGAUGUGGCACCUUGGGACGUGCUUUAGUGGAGGACUUGGCAGUGCUGGGUUAAUGAUUGCCCUUGAUGAUAUUAGAGGUCUUUUCCAGCCUCAGUGAUUCUGCGAUCCUGUGGAAAGUAAAACGAUUUAAGGAACCAAAGGCAGAGAGGCGUCCCUGGAGGAUAUGGUUUUAUGAUACCUCCAAGCAAGCAAUAGGUGCCCUCUUCAUCCACUUUGCCAAUGUUUUUCUGUCUGAUCUCACUGAGGAAGACCCUUGCUCUCUCUACCUCAUUAAUUUCAUCCUGGAUGCCACGCUGGGGAUGCUGCUGAUCUGGCUGGGUGUGAAAGUUGUCUCCUGGAUCGUGCAGCACAAGAAAUACACAUACCUGGUCUUUGGGGAGUAUGGUGACCCUCCACAAGCUGCUGCUUGGAUUGGCCAGUGUAUCCUCUACUUGCUGAUAAUGGUUUUUGAGAAGACUGUGAUUAGCCUUGUCCUGAUUAUCCCUGGUUGGACAAAGCUUCAGCAGAUCCUCCUGGGUUACAUCCCAAGCCCUCAGCUGGAGCUUGUACUGGUGAUGUUUGUUGUGCCUUUCAUAGUCAAUGCCAUUAUGUUCUGGGUUGUGGACAGCUUGAUCAUGAGGAAAUACAAGCAGAAGGAUACCCUAGACAUCAAUGGAUCCACAGAAACUCCUCGGGCCAGGAGGACUGAGGAAUCUCAGGUACUGCUCUCUCCAGACAUGGAUUAUGAUCAGUCUGAAAGUGACCAGGAUAUUUCAGGACUGCAGGGAACCAGCCAGAAGAUGAAGCAGCCCAGCUAUCAAGUGGUCAUCUGACAUCAGUGGGACAAGGGAGAUGGAGGAAGGAGAAGCACUGUGAUCCUUGAGCUGGCCAAGGAAGGGCAGGGUGGGGGAAUACUGGGUGACUUUUGUGGAUCUACAGAGAUCUUUUUGCCUGCCUCAUCUUAGACCUAUCCUGCAGUUGUCUUGGGGAUGGUAUCUGUGCAUCUUGUACAGGCUUGAGCAGUAUCUGCUUUACCUGUCUGCCCCACACACAGGCACGUUGAGGUUGGGGAUACAGGGAUGUACUUCCCUGGCUGGACAAACUUGAGUGUGACUUUUUUUUUUUCUUUUUUCAGGGCUAGAGACUAAAAUGAAAAGAUUGUCUGUUUUUUUAAUAGAAAAAAAAAAGGCUCUAUUCUGUAGUACCUGAGCUGUGACACUUUUAUAUGCACAAUGCUCAAAAGAAUUGGUUUGCAAUAUGUAUUUAAAUGUCUUGAAUUGGGAAGCUUGUUCCAGUGGAUCUGAUUCUUUUUACUGUUUUAUAAGGAAUCCAAUAAAUAUUUGACCUAAAAUUGCUCCAUA